GUUUGGUGAAGUGAGAAGAUGAGGACUUCCAUUUUGGCACUGUCUUUUCUCAUGUGUGCGCUUUAUAGUGCACGAGCUAAACCAAAUUUAGGUUUGUUCAAUAAAUUUGUAGAUAAAUCACACUCAUUUCUUCCGAUUCCUCCUAAAUCGGUAUCGGGUGGAGGCAACUCCAACAAUCCAGGAUCAACUUUAACUACAAGUAAACCAACACCUGUUUGUGGUUCAGUAACAACCUCUCCUACUAAACCAUCAACAACAUCUUCAUCCCCAGGUCCAACUGAACAUACCAUAGAAAAACCAAAAACACCUUCGUGUGGUACUACUGGCUCAGUCACAACCGGCAGACCAGCAACAACUGUUCCUAGUCAUCAAGCAACCACACCAUGUUCCUCUGGUACCAUAAUAACAACUAUUAAACCGGUGGUAACCGUACCAACAACGUCGCCUACUAAGUGUCCAUCAACUGGGACAAUAGCACCACCACCUGUAACAGCUCCAACUGUAAAAACCCCAACUCAGCCAACCGUAACUGCGCCUUGUAACCGGCCUGUGACGGUUCCAACUCACCAACCUGUAACUGUCCCAACCCAGCCAUCUGCAACCGCCACCACUCACCCCUCUGUAACUGUCCCAAGUAAACCUCCCGUAACAACUCCGUGUCAAAACCCAACCACUAUCCCAAGUCACCCACCUGUAACCGUCUCAACCCAGCCACCUGCAACCGCCCCCACUCACCCCCCUGUAACUGUCCCAAGUAAACCUCCCGUAACAACUCCGUGUCAAAACCCAACCACUGUCCCAAUUCACCCUCCUGUAACCGUCCCAUCCCAGCCACCUGCAACUGUCCCCACACACCCAAGCCACCCACCUGUAACCGUCUCAACCCAGCCACCUGCCACCGCCCCCACUCACCCCCCUGUAACUGUCCCAAGUAAACCUCCCGUAACAACUCCGUGUCAAAACCCAACCACUGUCCCAAGUCACCCACCUGUAACCGUCCAAACCCAGCCACCUGCAACUGUCCCCACACACCCUCCUGUAACUGGCCCAAGUAAAACUCCCGUAACAACUCCGUGUCAAAAAACCACCAAUGUCCCAAGCCACCCACCUGUAACCGUCCCAACCCAGCCACCUGCAACUGUCCCCACUCACACCCCUGUAACUGUCCCAAAUAAACCUCCCGUAACAGCGUGUCAUCAAGAAACAACUGCCCCAAGCCCCCCGACAGUAACUACUCCAAAUUACGGACCUGUAACUUUUCCAACUAUGCCACCUACAAUCAAACCUACUCACCCACCUGUAACUGGAGCAAGUAAACCUCCCGUUACCAGCCCAUGUCAAAAAGCAACAACUCCAAAUUACGGACCCGUAACUUUUCCAACUAUGCCACCUACAAUCAAACCAACUCAGCCACCUGUAACUGGACCAAGUAAACCUCCCGUAACCAGCCCGUGUCGAAAAGCAACAACUCCAAAUUACGGACCUGUAACUUUUCCAACUAUGCCACCUACAAUCAAACCUAGUCACCCACCUCUAACUGGACCAAGUAAACCUCCUAUAACCACCCCGUGUCAAAAAGCAACAACUGUCCCAGUUCACCCACCUGUAACCGUCCCGACCCAGCCACCUGCAACCGUUCCAACUCACAAGCCUGUGACCAUCCCAAGUCAACCUCCCAUAACUACCCCGUGUCAAAAAGCAACAACUGUCCCAGUUCACCCACCUGUAACCGUCCCGACCCAGCCACCUGCAACCGUUCCAACUCACAAGCCUGUGACUAUCCCAAGUCAACCUCCCAUAACCACCCCGUGUCAAAAAACAACAACUGUCCCAAUACAUCCACCUGUAACCAUCCCGACCCAGCCACCUGCAACCGUCCCCACUCACCCACCUGUCACUGUCCCAAGUAAACCUCCUGUAACCGUCCCAACUCACCCUACUGUAACGGUCCCAAGUAAACCUCCCGUAACGGUUCCAACUAAACCAGUAACACCGUGUGCAUCAACUGGAACAACCACAACGACAAAACCAACAAAAACUAAAACCGGGUCAUGUUCUUCAUAGCGACCAUUUUGUAAACUACGAUAGAUAGAAACUUAGAAUAAAAAUUGUACUAUAAAGUUAGAAUUGUAAGAAAAUAGACAUAAAUUGAUCGGAUA